AUGGGAGUUUUUCUACAGCUCGAACCUGUGACUCUUCGCGGUACCGGCUACUUGCGCCUUCGGUGGGAGGUUGAGUACUGGAAACACUCCGGUUCAGCGGCCGACAUCAUCAUGAAACCCAACGGAACUUGGCUCCCUGUUGCCGGCGGCGGCGGAUACCAGAUGGGCGAUGACUCUCCUGCCCCUUACUGCAACGACCCUCGUGGUAAUUGCUUUACUGGCCCCGGUGGCGAUACCGAUGGAUAUGUGUGGUUCACGAAUGGCCACAACCCCUGGCAUAGUGAAUAUUAUUGGCUGGAUGGUGGAGUGUAUCUUCAGACGCAGGAGGGUCCUGGUGAUUAUAAUGUUGGCGUCAGUCCUAUCACGAUCGACGAUAUCUUGAGCGACAUCAACACCAAUAUCAACGCUGCUUAUCACUACGGUGUCUCCUUUGAUCCCAAGGAGAGGCGUGCCCGUGCUCGAUCAGCCCCGUCUCAUCAACAGAACUUGCUGUAUCUACCUCUGCGACUCCAUAUGUCGCUUAGUUCCAUCGAAACCUGCGUCUGCAGUCCGUCCUUUAACCACCGGGUGAGCUAG